AAGAUGGCAUCCGAAACUGGUACAAGUAUCGUGUCAAAUGAACGAUGUGAUGUAAAUAAUACGAUUCAGCAAGUAUUCGAUACAUUACAAACGGAAACGAUCAGUGUAAAAGUGUCGAGAGCAACGUGGAGUAGUGCUACUAAGGAGACAAACGAACUUUCGGACAAUUUCGCUUUACAUUCAAUCAGGACGCCCACGAUAUGCCCUACAGCGUCAUCGUUUAAUACAAACGCGGAAGGGAAGGAAUUACAAAGAAUUGUGAGUUUCAUGAGCUCUUCUGGUGAUGUGGAAGAACGUAUUAAUUAUAAAUUUGCUGUCAGCGCUAAAUUACACACACCAUCCUUGGAACCGCACAGUAUGUCCAAUCAAAGGAAUGAUCUGGAUGAUGUUACUUGUCUUUCUGAACAACCAGACGGGAAUCCAGAUCAUUGCAACAAUGAAUUAAUAAAAACUUUAGUAGAACCAGUUCAACAUGUUAUUCAUGUUGAUUCAGAAGGCAACAAAGAUACAAUGUUAUCUAAUGGAAUAGAUACAGUGCAAACAGAACUAGAAGAUUGUGUAAAUUUUGAACAUGGUAACACACCUCAAUUAGGGGAAAGUCCUCAAAGUAGUGGCGAAGUGAUUAGUAGUCCACGAAGUCCAGAUUAUCCUCCAAGAGUUUCUGAUAGUCCAAAUAGUCAAAAUACAGCACUUCCCAGUAGUAUAACAUCACCAAUUACAACUUCAAUUAUUGUAAUGGAUACAGCAAAAUGUGAUGGAGAAAAUACAAGUAAUUUAACUGCUAAGGUUAACAAAAAUCUUUCUUAUUCAUUUUGUGGGCAUUUAGAACAAAUUGAAGAACAAGUCCUUGUUACACAAAUAAAAUCAAAUGAAGAGCAAACAGACAACAACAUGGACAUUAUUCACAGAGAUAUAAAACCAGAAUUUAAUGAAGUAAAAACAGAAUUGGUAGAUUCUCAAGAACAAUUAAGCAUAAUUAAGUUGGAUUGGGCUAGUGAUAGUAUACCUACUGCAAUAGUUGGACAAACAGAUAUUACAUUACCUCAUGAUAAACCAAUACAUUGUAUUGGCACCACAUCUUCAAGUUCCAAUUCUAAAUCAUAUUCGUCUUCAAGAGAAAAACGUAGUAAGGAACAUGGUGAACGACGUUGCUGCUCACGAUGUUAUAAACGUAGUAAAAUAAAACGAGCAAGUAUUGGUGUACAAUGCAAACGGGAUCGUGGUAUAGUUUCAUUAAGCAGUAAACCGUUAUUUCAUCCAUUCUCUAAGUUUACAAAUGAAAAUCUCAGGUUAAAUUUACAAACAAAAAAUUAUAAAAUGCUUCAUAAUACACCAGUUAAAAGUGAAUUAUUAGAAGGCCUAAAGUACAAGAAGUUCAUUCAUAUAGAAACUUAUCCUAAUGGUGGUGCAACUGUUGUCCAUAUGUAUCAAGAUGAAAUUGACACAUUAUCUUAUGAGCAAGUAGAAGAAUUAGCUCAAGAAUAUUUCAAAGUAGUUUUUGGUGAAGAUGAAAAUGGUAAUGCUCAUCAUGUCAUGGGCAUAGUACAUAAUGCUGCAGCGUAUCUUCCUGAUCUUCUGGAUUACAUGGCAGACAAUUAUCCUACGUUAACUGUUAAAAAUGGUGUACUAGGAAGAAACAGUGAUAUAGAAACUACAACUAUGGUCCAGUACAAAGAACAAGUGUGUAAAGCUUAUAGUAAUGGUACUAUCAGGUAUGGACCUCUGCAUCAAAUAAGUCUCGUAGGAACUGUUCAUGAAGAAGUUGGUGGAUACUUCCCAGAUCUUCUACAUAAAUUAGAAGAAAAUCCAUUUUUAAAACUGACCAUGCCUUGGGGUCCAUUGUCCGUUGUAAAGAUGGAUACUCCCCAAGAAUCAAACGAUGGUCCGAUUCUAUGGAUCAGACCAGGAGAACAAUUAGUUCCAACAGCAGAUAUAAAUAAAAGUCCAUAUAAAAGGCGUAGAACAGGCAUUAAUGAAUUACGAAAUCUACAAUAUUUACCACGUCUUAGUGAAGCGCGUGAAUACAUGUUCGAAGAUCGUACUAAGGCACAUGCUGAUCACGUGGGUCAUGGAUUAGAUAGAAUGACAACAGCAGCAGUUGGUAUAUUGAAAGCUGUUCAUGGCGGACAACCUUCAGAAUAUAACAGAAUUACAAAAGAUGUUGUGGCUUUCUACGCUGGUGAUUUUCCUGAAUUAGUCGAAAAAUUGCAACUAGAUCUUCAUGAACCACCAAUAACACAAUGUGUACAAUGGGUUGAAGACGCCAAAUUAAAUCAAUUACGUAGACAGGGUAUUCGCUAUGCUAGAAUAAAUUUAUACGAUAACGACAUUUACUUUCUACCACGUAAUAUAAUCCAUCAGUUUAGAACGGUGUCCGCAGUCUCAAGCAUAGCAUGGCAUGUCAGAUUAAAACAGUAUUAUCAAGAAUCCCAACACAAUUCAAGUGUAAGGCAUGGACGUGUUGGUAACGAACAUCGUAUGAAAGAAAAGAAAUCACUGGAAACUGUAAAUAUAGGAGACGAACAAAAAGAAAAUACAAAUCGUCAGCGUGUAGAGCAAAAACAUUCUAUUGAUUCGCUCGAAGAGAAAAAAGCAAAAGAAAGAGCUGCUGAAUAUCAAGGCAAUUUAAAGAAAUCUGAUCAUCAUGGAAAGCGAAAAGAAGACCGUAAAAAUAGAGAUCAUACAAGACAUUCUUCCAUUUCAAGCAAGAGGAAGGAUUCUACAGAAAAUAAUGAUAAUUGCUCAGAUCUUUUUAACAGUAAAUCUGCAAAAAAUAAUACAAUUGAGCAAAAACAAAACAAUGAGAAAAGAGACGAUAAAAGAUCCGAAAGAAGACACGAAGAUCGCCGUCGGUCCAGUGAAAAAUCCAGUCAUUCUCAUAGCAGCAGUAGUAGCAGUAGUAAUAGUAGUCAUUCUGGAGACAAGAAAAAAUAUGACUGCAAUAGUCAUAAAGUAGAUCACCAUCAUCGGAGUCACCAUAAUCGAUCUGGCAGUAAUAAUACACCCAACAAAGAAAGUAUUUCAAAUGUUAUUGAACCUAAAGCCGCGAAUAAGUUCAACACCUCGGCGUUUUCGAAAGAAAACAAAGGGCAAUUAAGUUCGUCAGAGCUUGAAAAUUCCGAUUGCAACACCGUUAUUCUUGAACAAGACGUGUUAACGCAGCGACAACUGAUAGCAAAAACGUAUGCAACGGAAGUUGUCGAUAAGGCUUUAGAAACUGCAAUAUAUAAAUCGAAGACUGACGUGGAGGAAGUCUGCCAAUCUUUACGAACUGGUGUUGCCGAAGCUUCAAAAGAAGUACUAGAAAGAAUUCAUAAAGAAAGUAUCGAAAUUGCUGAACAAAAGUACAAAGAAGAUACAACAAAGGUAGAGCGAUAUUGUCAAUUAUUGGAAAUAGAAACUACGUUGGCAUUCACGUCAAAGAUGGAAUGUGCUACUGAAAACGCAGUAAAAGCACUAAUUGAAAUGGCCGAAGAUGAAGCCAAGGAAAGAUCAAAAGAUGAGAAGGUUUACGUGUUAACUACUGGUAAUACUUGUGAAGAAAGUUCAAUUCCAACAUCAAAAAUUGCUAAUUCUUCUUCUUGUUCUCCAGUAAUAUCUACAUCUCCAUUAAUAGAAACUGAAAGACAUGGUAGUAAUAGCAGAAAUGGUAGUAGUGAUGAAAAUUCAUCAAAAUUGUCGUUGGAUAUACAUAUAACGCAUUCAGAAUCUAAAAGAAAAAAUAGGGAUAAUACAAAUUCUAGAGGUCAGCGGCAUAAAGAUAGAAGAGAUCGAGAUAAACGUGAUAGAGAACAUAAGAGACAUCAUCAUCGAAGCCCUCAGUGUAACAAGUCUGAAAAUAAAGCCGGAGAAAAUAGUAACAAAGAGGAUUCACUGAAAAUUAUUUCGUUGCCCAAAAAUUGUAACGUCUCUAGUAAAAGUUACAAUCGUACGGAUAAUAAGGACAGUGAAAGGAAAUUGGAAAAAAGAAGAGAGGGGCAUCACGGCCAUGGAAGAGAUGGGCAGAAAAAAUCAUCCAGUAGUCGUUCAUCGAAGGACGACACAGCGUCGAGUCGUUCUCAUUCGUCAAGUUCGAAUCAUAAAAGAAAGUCAAGUUCAUCCGAGGAGCAUAAGGAACCGAAGAAAGCGUGUACUGAAAAGGACAUUGUCACGACAACAGCAGCAGCAGAGCAAAAUACUCUAGGCACUGCGAUAACUCUGAUUACAGUGUCAACAGUAGCUCAGUCAGCAACGACGAGUGCUGUCGUGUCAACGUGA